AUGAAAUUAAUAAUUGAUCAUAAAAAUCAUCCAUUAUGGGUUACACCAGAUGGUCACAUUUUUUUUCUUGAAUCAUUUCCAUCAGCUUAUAAACAAGCUCAUGUUUUUAUAAUAACUAUUGCGGAUCCUAUUAGUCAACCAGAAUAUAUACAAGAAUAUAAAUUAUCAGCAUGUUCACUCUAUGCUACUGUAUCGAUUAAUCAUAUUGCUAAAAUUAAAUGUGACGAAGCAUGGUAUCGAACAACACUAGAAUUUUUUAAAAAAUAUUUAUCAAUUAAAAAUGAUCAAUUUCGACGUUUACUUUUAUUUGUUGAUACAUCAUUUGAUUUAUUUGCUGCUAAUGGAUUAACAUAA